AUGGCUUGCGCUGCCAUCUGCCGAGUGGUGGCGGUACUGGUCCUUACUGAUGCUGUUCUGGCCACCGUUGCGAAUAACACUACUCGCGUCAAGAGACAAGCGACGUACGACUCUGGCUCGGGGCGCUGGGUGUUCCCCGAGUCCGGCGGCGACCGCGAAGCCCGGUGGCCGGCGCGGCGCUACGGCCAGCCGCCCGCCCCCUUCGGCCAGGGCUACAGGCCGGGCUGGCAGGACGGCGGCCCCGCGUGGGGCGAGCAGCGCCACUUCCGCCGCAGGCUGCCCGACGAGGGCGCCGGCGAGUCGGGGCGGCUGCUGGCCGUGUCGCCUGACCAGCUGGCGACAAUCAGCGAGACGCUGGGCGCGCUCAACACGGUGGGCCGCUUCCUGGUGCGCGCGGCGCGCCACGAGGGCCCCCCGGCCGGGGGCCCGGCGGCCGGCCACGGCGACGCCGCCUCGCAGCAGCUGCCCGCCGCCAUCCUCACGCUCUCCAAGAACGUGCUGGGCCGCAACCUCACCGACGCCAUCGCGCCCAUCGUGCGCGGCGCGCUGCCCGCCGGAAAGUGUACAAAUGCGGCGAGCCCGGACGCUCGCGCGUGCCGCACGCCGACCGGCGGCCGCGGCGUCUGCGACGACCUGAGCGAGUGUCCGCAGCUGCUGCUGCACCUGUCGCAGCUGCGCGACUCCAUCUGCUUCAAGAGCCUCUUCACGCCCGGCGUCUGCUGUCCGGCCGACGACGACAGCGUGGUGACGCAGCGGCCCACGCAGCUGGUGACGGUGAGGCCGCUGACGAGCACGACGCGCAGGACGACGACGACGACGAGCACGACGCGGAAGCCCAUCAUCCUGCCCAUCACGCCGCCGCCCGUCUACCCGGUGGCCACCUCCACCAGGUUCCCCGCGCUCAUAGCCACUGACGGUGAGUGCGGCCAGCCGGAGAUCCCCGGGUUCCGCGUGGUGGGCGGCGAGCCGGCGGCGCCGGGCCGCUGGCCGUGGAUGGCGGCCAUCCUGCUGCACGGCAACCGGCGCACCGAGUUCUGGUGCGGCGGCACCCUCAUCGGCGCCCGCCACGUGCUCACCGCCGCGCACUGCACCAGGGACUCCCGACAGCGCCCGUUCAGCCCAUCGCAGCUAACGGUUCUGAUGGGAGAUAUUGACCUGAAACGUCAGGAUGAGCCUUCGCAGCCAGAGCAGUACAAAGUGGUCCAGGUUAAAGCACAUCCCAAGUUCAACCGCGUGGGCUACUACCACGACAUCGCGCUGCUGGAGCUGGAGCGGCCGGUGCGACGCUCUCGCUACUCCAUCCCCAUCUGCCUGCCCGACAACGAGCUGCGCGACGAGCCCUUCGUCGGGACGCGGCCCACCGUCGUCGGCUGGGGCAGCACCCACUACGGUGGCAGAGAAAGUACUGUUCAGAGGCAGGCGUCUAUCCCCGUGUGGCGCAAUGAGGACUGCGACAGGCGGUACCUGCAGGACAUCACCGAGAACUUCAUCUGUGCCGGCUACGCCCAGGGAGGGAAGGACGCUUGCCAGGGUGAUUCCGGCGGCCCUCUGAUGCUGGAGCAAGACGCACACUGGAUCCAGAUCGGCAUCGUCUCCUUCGGUAACAAGUGUGGGGAGCCGGGCUACCCCGGCGUCUACACCAGGGUCACCCACUACCUCGACUGGAUAAAGGAGAACAUGAGCGAGUGACAGGGGCGGCACGCUGCCGAAUGAGCCCACAUGUCCUCGCGUCGUGGAGGACACACGGCGCGGGGAGGUGCUUCCUGUGGGUCGAGACGGACUUUCUGUUCUCACGUGAAAUUGCUCAUUGACGAGUCCACAUUUGCAUUUAAUACCAGAAGUAGAUCAUAUAAAGACAGCUCACGAGACAGUUUCAUUUCAGACAGUUUAUGUUCUUCUCAUCUCUUAUGUCAGAAAAUUCACUCCUUCACGAAUUAGCUUGCUGAUAGUGAGACGUGCAGUGUAAAUCUGUAUAAUACAGUACCACGACGCACCAAAUUGACAACACUCUUGUUAUCGCGUUGUCUAUUAGCUAAGGAUCUUUUUCUGCACUUGGCAAUUACCGCAUAGUCAUGGUAUUUGUUGUUACAUACUCGUAGUAUUCUUAUAUAACGAUAAAACUGUGAUAUAUUUCCUUUUACUCAUGUGUGUUCUGCGAGCGGAAAUGUGGUGAGUCAGCAGACUUUCUGUUUACCGUGUUUCCAUGACGAAUCAAGUAAAGCCAUUGUAAGAAGUUGAAUUUUUAUACAACACAUUUCUUCGAGUGUAAGAAACAGUUUAACAUAUUACUGAGUUAGAAUCAAUACCUCA